AUGCGAAUGCGAAUAGUGAACUCAAUUUACACUUUCCUUGCUACUACUUUUGCCAGUGCUACUGCUUCCAUUCCAACGUAUAUCUACAGAUUUAAUGCUGCACAUGCUGCUGGUGUCAAUGGCUUUAUUCGCGUGCAAUACACUGGUGAAGAUUCAUCCAUUGCUCUGAUUACGUCUGCACUUGACUUUUCUGCAGUCAACCAGACAAAGCUUGCUGCCUUUGAUGGUAAUUGCACCGACACUGUAACAAGCUAUAAAUGGCACAUUCAUACGAAAUGGAACUCGACGCUCUCUUCAGACUCGUUCAAACAAUGCUCAAAGGCUGCGACGGGUAAUCACUACGACCCUUUGAAAGCUUGUGGUCCUGCAUCCGAGUAUAUCACUGAACCCGACUGCAAGGCCAAAUCGUUGACCUACUCAUGCAAUUCAACUAUCUACAAGACCGACCCGUUCAUGUGUGAAAAGGGUGACAUGUCUGGCAAGUUUGGUGUCUUUGAUGUCAGAGUCAACUCCACGCUAUAUCUGAAUUUGAUAGAUAAACACUAUCCAGUGCCGUACGAGAAUACUGACACGUGGAGCAUUGUGAUUCAUGCUGUAUGUGGCAAAGAGACACCACGAAUUGCUUGUGCCGUUGGAUACGAGUACAACGAGAGAGAGACUGAGCAAUAUGGAAAGAAAGACAAGCACGAGCACGCGCAGUGCCGUUAA